AUAUUGAUGUCAUUUUUCUUAUUGUCAACCAUAUGUAUGUGCACAGUUCUUGAUAUUUUUGACUUGUACAGAUGUGAGAGCUUCAAACCAAAAUAUAUUUUAGUAUUAUUCUUGAGUGUAUUAACAGCUUUAGCAGCAUUUGCAUGUACUACAUAUGAUACAGCUAUUAUGUCUGGUAGCAAAGUGGAAGCCAAAGUUUCAGAAACUUGGCGAGCAUUAAAUUGCUGUCGGUGUUAUGGUGCUGUUCUUGGAUGGAUUAUUAUUAUUAUUAUGAAGCCUAAAGAUCAAUUAGCAGAAUUUUUAAAUACUAAUUAGUUUUUAAGAAAAAAAAUAUUUUUUUAAAAAUUUCACUAAACAUAUUUACUAUUUAACAUUUGGGKAAUACACCAAUUUAUGUUAAUGAGUUUCUAUAUACUCAGGUGUCAUAGACAGAGGUUAAAGUGGGAAAAAAUUCCUGAGGGGACUAAUGUCUCCAUAUAGUUUUAAGCGUUCCAUACAUAAUUUUAUGUAUAAUGUCUAAUGUAUAAAAUCCUAAUUUGUUAAAGGUGACGCUUUUUMACGGCGAGUACCACAAUUUUUUUUGCCGUAUAUAAUAAUCUACUUAAAAUAUUGUCAACAAUAGGUGCUAAUAAAAUAACAGUAUGAAUCUGAAGCAGUGGUUAAGAGAAGUUAAUGAAUAACCCGUUAUAUAAUAUUUAAAAUACUAAAUUAAUUUUAUAUUAUUGUAUAAAGCCAAAACGCAGUUAAUUUAAUUACA